ACAAUAUCAAUAUCAAUCCUGCAAAGUAGUAACGUGCAUACAGCAUACAUUAAAUAAAUUAUUUGUCGAACUUUAUUGUCGAAUUGUCAAUAAGCUAUUUAUCAAACAUGGGAAAAUUGGAUGUUAAAUUAUUGCGAUAUUUGACAGCAGAAGAUUUUCGUGUUUUAACAGCGAUCGAAAUAUGUUCGAAAAAUCACGAACUUGUACCUGGAUUACUUGCAGCGAAAAUAGCAAAUCUGCGUUAUGGUGGAGUUCAGAAAUUGUUGAAAGAUUUAUGCAAGCAUAAGUUGCUUAGCUACGAACGAGGGAUGCGAUAUGAUGGUUUUCGUUUGACAAAUGCUGGUUAUGAUUACUUGGCUUUGAAAGUCUUAACACAAAGAGGAACAAUUUCUUCUUUUGGUAAUCAGAUUGGUGUGGGCAAGGAGUCUAAUAUCUAUAUUGUUGCCGAUGAUGAAGGGACCUCUCUUUGUCUAAAGUUACACAGGCUAGGUAGAACAUGCUUCCGAAAUAUUAAAGGAAAGAGGGACUAUCAUCAACACAGGCAGUCUGUGUCUUGGUUGUAUCUAUCAAGACUUUCAGCAACUAGAGAAUUUGCUUAUAUGAAAGUGCUCCUGGAUAGAGGUUUUCCUGUGCCAAAACCAAUUGAUUUUAACAGACAUUGCGUUAUAAUGGAGCUGGUUGAAGGUGGACCUCUAUGUAAUGUACAUGAAGUAAACAAUGUGGAAGCAUUGUACGAUGAGCUCAUGGAUUUGAUUGUUAGACUAGCGAAUCAUGGUGUUAUACAUGGAGACUUUAAUGAAUUUAACAUAAUGAUCAAAGAUGAUGGUAAGCCAGUUAUUAUUGAUUUUCCACAGAUGGUUUCUACAGAACAUGAGAAUGCAGAAGAAUAUUUUCAAAGAGAUGUAAAUUGUAUUCGUGACUUUUUUAAAAGACGUUUUGGGUAUGAGAGUGAACUUUAUCCAACUUUCCAAGAUAUAUCACGUGAAGAUUGUAUAGAUGCUGAAGUGAAUGCUAGUGGUUUAAUGAAACAGAUGCAAAAGGAUCUCUUAAAAGAACUAAAUAUAACAAUAGAUGAUGAAAAUGAAGAAGACAGUGAGACAGAAACAUACGAGGAUUGCAUUAAUAAUGCCAAAGAUUUAGAAGAUCAAAUAAAUAAUUUACAACUUGAAUCUGAAAUUUCUAAAAAAGAAGAAUCUGCUGUUCUCACACAUAAUGUAGCAAUAAGUAAUGAACGUUUUGAGGAAUUAUCUACAAAAAUGUCUACUGAAAAACAAAAUAAUUCAGAAAAUAAAUGCAAACAGAAUAAUGAAGCUACAGAUAAUAUAGUAGUUGAUGAAGAACAUAGUAAACAUGCAUUAUAUGAUUUAUCAUCAAAUACGGAAGAUGCAUUUGAUGAUGCGUCUGUUAGUUAUAUUAAUAAUUAUGAUGAUACACAAAGUAUACGGAGUGUCUCGACAGCUGCUACAAUCGCACCAGAAGUAAUAAAAAAAAGGGUAAAACUAGCGCUUGACAAUCGCGAGAAAAAGAAUCAAUCAAAAAGGAUACUUGUUAAAGGAGAAGCGAGCGCAGUGACGAGGACACGAAGGGAAAAUAGGGCUACAAUUAAAGACAGUUUAACAGGAAUUUGGGGUAUGGAAUGAAGCAGUAGUCAUUGUAAGUUGCUUACUAUGCAUAUAACAUAAAAACAAUUCUAAUUAAAAAGAUACCAUUUUGUUAAUAAUUUGAUAUAAAUACAUGUUCGCGAAUAUAAAUGAUUUCUUCGCA